CAAGAUUAGCUAGCGUCAUUUCCCCAAACAAGCUUAUCAGCUGCGUUACUAUGCAAUGCAAAACACAGCGAUGCAUCAACUGUUACCACUUACAUGUUACAUAAAACUACGACGAGUCUUGAAUCCCUGUCCGUCCAUGAAAUGAUGGUGAUGGUGGCGCUGAUGAUGAAUGUGUGAGGAGAAAGCUCCUGUGGUUCUCUCGCUGCAACGCACACUUCCUCAUGGAUUCCAGCAAUGAUGAGGCACUUGAUAUCAUUGUCACCAAUGUGGUGGCAACCUUCAGGACCAGGUGCCACCUCAACCUGCGCACCAUUGCCUUAGAGGGAGUCAAUGUCAUUUAUAAGCCAGAAGUAGGGAAGGUCCUUAUGAAGCUUCGAAAGCCCAAGAUAACAGCCUCAAUCUGGUCCUCAGGGAAAGUUAUUUGCACAGGAGCAACAAGCGAGGAUGAAGCAAAGCUGGGUGCUCGCAGGUUAGCACGCUGUCUGCAGAAACUAGGCUUCAAGGUGAGGUUUUCAGCCUUUAAGGUCGUGAAUGUGCUGGCAGUGUGCUCCAUGCCGUUUGCGAUCCGCCUCAUAGACUUUACUAAGAACAACCGACCCAUUGCCAGUUAUGAACCAGAGCUCCAUCCUGCUGCCACGUACAGGAUCAAAAAUCUCAAGGCUACUAUACAGGUGUUCUCUACUGGCAGCCUCACAGUCACAGGACCAAAUGUGCAGAAUGUGGCCACAGCUGUGGAGCAGGUCUACCCACUACUGUUCGAGUGUCAGAACCCCAACUGCAAAUGAAGGACGACAAGGAGGCAAAAGAAGUGAAUCAAACAGAGGGCGAGACCGAUGAGGAAGCACCUUACCCUCGGAUUGAUCUGCUUGUUUUCAUCACUACAUGGCAACAGACACAAAUGUUUGACAUACUUGACAGAUUGGAUAUCACCAGGAUUUUUAAAAGUCGGACACUUAGCAUUACCUUCUCACAAAAUGUCAGUGUUGUGGAUUGUGUGGCUAUUGUGAUUUUAACAGCCUAAACUUGCAAAUAUGUCUUCCGAACUUCACGUCCUUCAGCGGAAACUGCUCCCGAAAAACUUGACUGACACAGAAGAGGGGGGGGGGUGGAAGUCAUUUGCUUUUGCUCUUUUUUUGUUAUGGAUGUUUUUUGCAUGGACGCAGACAGACCUGUUUUCAAUAACCGUUUUAAUACCGAACAGUGGUGACCAUUGCAAAACGGUCCGUAUGCUAACACUGAGAAACCUCAUGUUUAACCCUAUACACAAGCACUCGUCCCAUUUGCCACUGUCUGUGGAAAAAUCUCCGUCCGUGGCUUGUUAGUAGAGGUGUUAGAGGAAAACAGCCAUCAAGCCAUAGACCAACAGAAACAGAUGAGUGUGCUAAUAAUGUUACAUGUAAGAGCAGGUUCUUAUUCAGAUGCACAUAUCCUCUUACAAAACUCAUUCAUCUCUAAUUUUAAUUGUUGCUUUUUAACAUUUCUUUAAUGUAUUUGGUUGUCAUUUUGCUAUAAACGUGUUCUCUGUUCACAACUGUGGCAUUUGAUCAGAAUGCACACACACACACAUCGUUCCCAUAUGUGAUUUAAUUUCUUUGUCGCUUCCUAAUAAUAGUUUUACUCACACACACAGUAAACCUGUAAAUAUUUAAUUGUUUUUGUAGGCUUGGACAGUGUAGAGCAAGAUGGAUGUCCUAAAUGUUUCCUAACGUCAUGAAAACUUUGGACGGUUUCAGAAUAUUUUAUGUUUCAGAUGGUGAGCAACAGACCUCGUUUCCACAACAAGAACUGACUUUGGAAAUAGCUGUGAAGCUCAUAAUAAUGAACUCAUGAUUACAAAAGCAGCCACUCUGUUCAGUCAUGAAAAGUUGAAUGGCAGGUAGCCUGGUCACUUCUCAAGAAGUUUGGCAAUGCAGUCAUGCGAAGCAAUGUAAGACCACUAACAGUGUUCCAAGAAGACAUGCUGAAAUCAUGUCUUGUGCUCACGCCAGUGUCUGAAAAACAAACCCUUCAUAGAAUACAAUUUCUCUUUAACAACAAAAAAAAUAAUGGCGAGAGGUUAAAUGUUUUUAAAUCAGAACCAAAUUCCUAAUGUUAACAUGACUUCUGAUAGUUGUGCUGGCUCUCACAUCCACAAAGGCAGCGUCUGUGUAUGUAUAUAAUAAAUGCAUCUGAUGGGAAAGAUGAAACUCUUUGACUUGUCACAAGUAUGUGGGGUGGAGUUCUUUUUGAACCGGUGUCAACUGAAGAUUUGUGACACUUGUUGAGAAUUUUGUAUUUUGUAUAAAAAUAAAGGUUAACGAUAAAACAGGCCAACA